CGGAUAUCUCGUUCCGAUCAACAACCGGAACGGCUCACACGUAUACGAUAUACGACAACCUGGAACACUCAGGCUGCGAUCAACGACGACCAUCACCCAAACAAGAGCUCUGACCAUGGACCACGGUGACUACAGCGAAGGAAUGGCCCUGCCUCGUUGCUCAAUGAAUAUGCUCUGGAAUACACAAAUCGAGCACACCUGCAUCGUCUUUCGCAGCUGGCACAUCACGACCACCACCCAAUUUGUCCUCUCAUGUCUCGCUAUUGUCGCUCUCGGCUUAUUCUACGAAUACCUCCGCGCCUUUCAGAAGACGGUCGAUGCUCGUAUCGCUGCUUCGUUGAGCAAGGACAAGCGAUCUCGCAGGAGCAGGAGCUCAAGCAGGGCAAGCGACUUUGCGGAGGACUCCUUGUUGCUGUCAGGAAGAGUUUUGGCCAAGCCAUUGACUGGUGUCGCCGUACCCCCGCUUUACCGUGCGCUAAGGGCGACUUUGUAUGGUGUAACGGUCUUCCUCUCCUUCUUCCUGAUGCUCGUCUUCAUGACAUAUAAUGUACGUUGCCUCCUUUCUCCUUCGUUCUUGACUUCAUCUACUUUAGGCAUACCUUAUCGUUGCCGUCGUCUUGGGAGCUGUUAUCGGCCACUAUGUUUUCGGAGGAGAAUUGAGCCUCGCCUCAUUAGGCGAGGACAAGGGAAUGGCGUGUCACUGAUCUACGACCCAUUUACAUGUAUGAACUACAAGUAUUUGCUGUCUAAUGCAGCGUAUGACCUUGUACAUCCUUGUUUUUGUAUAUCAUCGAUGCAAAAUCACAGCAAACACAACCUUGAGUGCGCUGAACGUAUUGACUAUAAUGUUCCUUCACCAUCAUCGUUGUUGACAGAUCUUGGCAGUUAGCAGGAGUGUUAUUAGAUAUACACUUUUCAAGCAGAUCUCUUAGCAGUG